GCCGGAAGGCAGCCCUCUUUUCGCUCUCCCAAGCCCGCUUUGCUUUGGCGGGUCGGUGGAUCUCUGAGCGAGGGAGGGACGCAGGCGGGGAGGAGGGAGGUGAAUGCCCCCUCUUCAGUGCCUUUGCACCAACAGCAGCAGUCUGCGAUCAGUUCCUCGCCGAAAAGCUGGGGACAGACAGGAGGCGGGGACAACAAGAAUAAAGAAUUCUGCAGACCUAGUCCAAUCGGAUUCGAGGAGAAGAAACCCACACCUGAUGGCCGUUUCCCCCUCUCCAAGAAGGGACAUUCAGCAAAACUUCUGAAGGUUUGGAGAAGAUUGUAAAGCAACGGCCAAGAAGGACUAUAGCAGUAUUUGGCUGCUUAGCUCAACAACGGCUUCCUGUUGGGGCCCUAAGGAGCCUGGGCAAGGAGGUGAGGAGUGGCCAGCAGGAGACGGAUAAUUCAACUUAUUGGACGUGCCAAAUCUCAAUAUGUAUCACUCUGUUUCUGGAAGUAGCCAUCCUUUGCAAACUGAAGAGCAAGAAAUAGGAAUUGAUCCCCUUCAGAGUUAUGGGACCAAGCCUGAUGAAGAUGUGUCAAAUGAAAAUGGAAGAGUACAGCUUACUUUGGAUUCUGAUGGGAUCUUUUUAUCAUAUAGUAAAGAAUGGGAAGAAUUAUUUGUAAACAACAAUUACUUGGCAACGAUACGGCUGAAGGGGAUUAAUGGGCAGCUGAGAAGCAGCAGGUUCCGUAGUAUUUGCUGGAAGCUAUUUUUGAAUGUUCUACCUUCUGAUAGAAAUCAUUGGAUUACAAAAACAAUAAAAUCAAGAGCGUUAUAUAAUAAUGUAAAAGAAAUUCAUAUUACAAACCCUCGGAAAGCUGGACAGCAAGACUUAAUGAUCAACAACCCACUUUCACAGGAUGAAGGGAGUCUUUGGAACAAAUUUUUUCAGGACAAAGAACUUCGAAGCAUGAUUGAACAAGAUGUAAAACGAACAUUUCCUGAAAUGCAGUAUUUCCAGGAAGAAAAUGUGAGGAAAAUUCUUACUGACAUUCUCUUCUGUUAUGCUCGGGAAAAUGAACAGUUACUUUAUAAACAGGGCAUGCAUGAACUUUUAGCACCUAUUGUCUUUAUUCUGCAUUGUGACCACCAAGCUUUUCUACAUGCAAGUGAAGCAGCACAGCCAAGUGAGGAGAUGAACAUUCUUUUGAAUCCUGACUACCUGGAACAUGAUGCCUAUGCAAUGUUCACCCAUCUAAUGAAAACAGCGGAACAUUGGUUUUCAACCUAUGAGCAUGACAGUCAAAAGGAAAAAGAUGCUGUGAUGACCCCUAUUCCAUUUGCAAGACCACAAGAUUUAGGUCCAUCAAUAGCUAUUGUUGCAAAAGUUAAUCAGAUCCAAGAUUAUUUGCUAAAGAAACAUGACACUGAACUUUACAUGCAUCUGAAUAGGCUUGAGAUUGCACCACAAAUUUAUGGACUGAGAUGGAUAAGGCUGCUAUUUGGACGAGAAUUUCUCCUUCAGGACCUUCUUGUUGUGUGGGAUGCUUUAUUUGCUGACAGCAUCACUCUUGAUUUAGUUGACUACAUUUUCUUAGCUAUGUUGCUAUAUAUUAGAGAUGCCUUGAUAUCAAGUAAUUACCAGACUUGCUUGGGCCUUCUGAUGCAUUAUCCACCUAUCGGAGAUGUUCAUUCAUUAAUCUUGAAAGCCCUUUUUCUCAGAGAUCCAAAGAGAAAUCCCAGACCUAUAGCUCACCAAUUCCAACAGAAUUUGGAUUACUACAAAGCACAUGGAGCUGACUUAAUGAAUAAAACUCGUGUCAAUGCAAAGGUUGCUCCUCUGAACAUAAAUAAGGUUUCUAGUAGCUUAUUGAAUUUUGGUCGUAAGCUGAUUUCCCCAGCAAUGACUUCUAGCAGUGCAACUCUUCCAGUUGCAGGUAGCAGUGGCAAUGUUUCUUCUGUUGUCAUGCCCACAAGGAGCACAGUAGAACUCCCUCCAUCUCAACAGCAAAGAAUGAUGAAAUCUGAAAGUGUGCCAGUUCAGCUAAGCAAAGGAGAAGUAAUUAAAGGCAGUGAUACCCAGGUAUCAGUUCCUGUCCGGAAUCUAAGCAACCUCCAUGGGACAGUUACUACUGUGAUACAUGGGCAAAGUUCAAAAAAUGGUAGUCCAUCUCCAAGCAUUGAAAGUUUUUCUGGAGGACGUGAAUCCACUGGAUCUCCUCCUUUGUCUGCAACCAAAAAGGAAUCUUUUUUCAGUACAAUUUCCCAUUCUCGUUCUCAGAGCAGAAAUAUGAGCAAAAAAGAAUCUGAAGAAGAAUUAGAGACUCAGAUUUCAUUUCUUCAAGGACAAUUGAAUGAGUUAGAAGCUAUGUGUAAAUAUUGUGCAAAAAUGAUGAACAUACAUCUAGGAAAUAUCCAAGAAGUCAUCCUGCAAGAACACUUGGAAAAAGAAGAUGAAAUUCUAGUUUCUCUGGCUGGGCUGAAGCAGAUUAAGGAUAUUCUGAAAGGCUCCCUCCGUUUCAAUCAGAGUCAGUUGGAAGCAGAAGAGAAUGAACAGAUUACAAUAGAAGAUGAUCAUUAUUGUUCCAGCAAUCAGAGCAAGAGGGCAGCUGAAAAUAUAGAAAACCCCUCAACUCCAAAGCAGUUUGUUCCUCUACUGAAGGAGGCUACUGAUCAUCCAGGUAGAAGUCCUAUCGAAAGACACAGUGAUGAUUACAUCCUAGUUUCUAAAAAGGAAGGAAACAUUGUCUCUGCUUCUGAUCAGGAACAGACUCAGCCAGUUUCCCAGGAUAUGAACAUGAAGAUUGAGGCCCCAUGUCACACUUCUUUAGCCUUCACUGAUCCACUGCUGGGAUCUAUGUCUGCCUCUUCAAGUAACCUCAGUUCUAGUCCUGAUGAUAGCAGCAGCAACAACAGCAAGGAUUCUGAUUUUACAAUUGUUAGCCCUCUUGAAAUGUAAGAAAAUUAUUCAAGAAGUUAGCAACUCCUGUGCCUCAAGACUUGAUCUGUUGGGAUUCCAGAUUUAUAAGGCUAAACAUGUCAGUGCACAGAUACCAUCAAGGCAACCCACAUUAACCAGAAACUAAAAACAGCAAACAUGUAAUGAUUGCCUUUAAAAUACACACAUGUAAUAUCAAGAUGUAAUACAUGAGUGCAGAUAUUUGUUGGUUUACUCCUAUUAACAGAUUUUUGAAACCUUGAAUUAGUAAAUUUAUAUUCCUUCAUCAUAUAAAAUAAAAUGCAUAAUCUCAUGAAUUUACCUGCUCAAAUUUAGGGAAACAAAUGAAUAUAAAAAUAAUUUCAGAACAUGAUAGCUCAUAGGUUAUGAGUAGAAUCAGAUAUUCCUGUCAUCAGACAAGGGGAAUAAAUGUUUCAAGUUAUAUCCCUCUACUUGUCUGAUGCUGCCUCCUGAAUAAUUUUCUGAAGAAGAAAACAGCCAUAAUCACUUUAUAGAUGGUGCCGAACCAAUAGCUACUAUUCAUGCAAAUAUUCAUUCUUACAAGGUAAUACAAAUUAAUACAAAUUCAAUGUCUUGAAACAGUUGGGAUUAUAGCUGUACUAGUCCUGAAUUUUUUCCCUAACUUCUGGGAUGUAUUUUUAGUUAUUUCAAGACUUCUGUCAUCCUAUUUUGUCAAGGAACAAAGUUUAUUGAGAAUCUUAAUGCUGCAGUAUCUUUAACUAUUUAGAAAAAUCAUUGUUACUUUAAAGUCCAGGAUCUAUCUUUUUGCACUAAGGAUAGCAGCACUAUUAAGUGUUUGAAUCUCCAUGCUGACUAUGAUUCACUCAAGAGCAGAACUUCUCUGUCAGCACUGUAGAGGACUAAAAUAUUUCUGGACACGGUUCAUUCUAUUAUCCUGACAAUCACAAAACAAUAUUCAUAGGUUAGCAUUCAGAUUGGGGAGGAGUUAGUUUUACUGUUUUUGGAUUUUAAUAAAUAAUGAUAGAAAUAGUUACAGACAUCAACUUUAUGAAACAGCCCAGACUCUAGACUUUAUUGAAGCAUUCUGAUUUCUUAUUGGAUUCCCUUUGCUCAUGCAGCCAUUGCUAAUUCUACACCUGCUAACUUUAUUAACCAUAGAGGAAAGAAAUAAUGUAAGGUUAAUUAAUCAAAAUCAUGGCCUUAUGCUGGUCUUUCUUCCUGGUAUGUGGUAUUCAUUCCAAGAAAACUGCAUUUUCAAAACUGUUUUGUUGCUUGCAAGUUGAAUGCUGUUUAACUACAUAGAGAAAUGGGUCUUGAAACCAAUAUAUCUUUUUAAUAUUCCAGCAAACUGGAAUACAAGCUUUCUUCAGAUCUAGUUAAGAAAAGAGAUGAUUUAGCUUCCAAAAACUAAUAAUCUACUGUAAUAGGUAAUCAACAGUUCUUAGAUAGAAAACUGCCGUAGCCACAAUAUAAGCAGCUCAUUUUUUAAAACAUGGUUUUACUGAAAAAUUUAGGUAUAUUAUCUCUUGAACCCUUAGAACUAAUGAUAACAACAGUGUCUAGUAUAAUAUGAUAAUUUUUUUCCCUCCUGGUUAGUAAUAUUGUCGGAGCUUCAUUCUUAAACAAAACACUCUCGAUAUGUUUUAUUUUUAUUGGACACUCAAUACUGUAACCAUAAUCAUGAUGAGUGAUAGGGUAUGAGAAUGAGAACAUUGAUGUAUAACAACAGUCAUUACAAUUUCCAUGGGCAAUUCUUUUCUCUGUGAAUAUGACGUGUGAAUCAUGAUAACCCAAAGUACAACUUGAUCACAAACUACAGAGAAUGUGGUUACACAGCGUACAUCUCUUUUUGAAUAUUACGCUAGUAACUUUCUAGAUCAUACAGAUGGAAUUUGAAAUAUUGAAAAAUUACCACUCUCUGAACAUGUUCUGAGUUUGAUGUGGUAAAUUUAACUGAAUUGACUGUCCUAUAAUUAAUUUACUCCUUAUUCCUUUCUCCCCAAAGUCACUUGGAUUUAUAAUGCACUGUCCUUUAGCCAUUGUUUUGCAUCUAUGAAUUUAUUGGCAUAAGACUAAAAUUAUCAAAUAAUUACUAUUAUAUAUGGCAAUUGUAUAAUUAUUUGUUCCGAUAACUUGAAUGAGUUAUGAGAAAAUGCUCCCUUGUCUUUUAAAGUUAGAUAUAAUAUUAAGAGUUUCUAUAAAGAGCUUCAGAGUAUAUGGUUAGUAGAGUUAAUGAAUAAAGUAAUCACAUGACUGCUGAUUCAAAUGAAAAACCUAAAAAUGUUCUGGUUAUGCAAUUUUAAAUCUAAUAUUCUUUUACUUAAACUUUCACAAAAUAAAUCACCUCAGGAUUCAGCCCUAUGAUCUGUGUAGAUAUAUUUAAUUUCCUUGAUUUUCAUGAGGAUGAUAAAAGAGGAUUACAUGACUGAUGAUUAAUUUGACAUGGCUAACCUUCUACCCUAAUUUUUUCCUUUCUUACCAUACAUUGAAAGUGCCAUUUAAAGCAAACUUUUUAAUAGUAGAAAAUGAAAUAAUAGAUGAGAAAAUAGUAGGUCACCUUUCACUAAAAGAAAAAAUAGUUGGGCAGAGGUUUGUUUUGUAUGUUUUUUUGUUUUAUUUUGUUUUUAAAUGUUUGCCUAUUUUGUGGUUCAAAUUACUCUUCUUGUCAGAACAGUUUUUGCUGUAAUACGUUUGCCUUAUUUAGUAUAUAUUUACUUUCUCAAUGUUAUGCUUCUGGUUUCAUAUAAUAAAUAGCACUUUGCUAACAGAAAGGUGAAUAAUUCUUUUGGAAAAUUCAAAUAUAGUAAUAGUGGUAAAACUUAGUAAUAUACCAAGUUUCAUUUUCCAUUACAUUGGAAGUGUCAAUCAAAAAAGAUUAUACCAUAAUAACACAUUGCUUUCUACCAGAUGUACUAAGGUUUCCAAAUUAAAGCACCAAUUUAUUUUCUCUCAAAUGCAAUCUGCUAAUCUCAGCUAUUGUUAACAGUAAGCUGACAGGAAAGAAUAUAUAGUAUAAAGGGUUGGUUAGUAUUAAUAUGUGAUGUAACAUUUUUCAACCUGUUAAAAACUCUUCUGGAUUUCUUGCAUCUCUAAACUACAGUUUUAUCUUUUGCAUGUCAUCUUACAUUGCUGAAGAAUAUCAAGGAUAAGUUAGUGACUAGAUCUGUUCAUUUUUAGCUGUGAAAGGUUGUAUUUUUCCUCUAUAAGAAUGACUGUCUACUUUAUUAAAGGAAGAACUAACAUGCACA